AUGUCGCCAGGCGGCAUGCUCGACGAGCCCAUCUUCCCGGCCUUUGGCAGCGACGCCGCUGCAGUGAGCCCAGAGUCGCCCAGCGAGCUGCAGAAGAACGAUCCCUUGGGAACGCAAAUAUGGAAGCUCUACUCACGCGCGAAAACACAGCUGCCCAACGCAGAGCGCAUGUCCAACUUGACCUGGCGCAUGAUGGCUCUUAACAUGCGUCGCGCAGAGGAGCAGCGCAAUAGAGGGCCGCCGCCCCGGACUGCUCCCAGUGGAAUUGCACAGCAACUGAGACGCUCCGCCGAUCAGCAGGCCCAGGUGCAACAACAGCCACAACAGGAGCACCAGCCACAGCCACAGCCUGCGCACGACACAAUGAAUCUAGACGACUUCAUAUUUCCCUCAUCCGUCGGCAGUCCUGCAGGAUUGUCGCCAGAUCCGUCUAAUGCGGCGGAUGGCCCGUUUAAUGCAGGCUCCGGGGGGGUGCCGAUAAGGAAGGCUAAUCAGCUCAACGACCACAACCUCUCCCUCGCCCACGCCUCUGCUCCACCAGUCCCUCCUCUGAUCAACAGAGAGGAUGAAUUCGGCUACGUUCCCCGGCACGUUCGCAAGACCAGCAUUGACGAACGCCGACCACCCAAGCGACGAGCAGAAGCCUCGCCGCAGGUCCCUCCCGUCAACAGUAUUAUGAUACCCACCGACGCUCAGGCAGAGGCCGACUUGAACCACUACUCGCUCGACCACUCGAUGCAGCCACCCGCCUUCGCCGCCUCGCAGGCGCAGGUGCCCUUUUCGAUCGACACAUUCCAGAUGCACGAGGAUCCUGUCAUAAAUUCAGCAGGGCCGUUCCAGCAGAACUUUGGCUUCUCUCCCGUUGGUUCACCCAUGAUGAAUCACGGCACCUCCUUCCCCAACAUCUUCAACCCCAACUCGAUGGCCUCCUCCCUCAACUCGACCGACUACUACUCGCCCCCGAGCUCAGCCUUCCCUUCGGCCGUCUCGACACCUCAGCCCAUGAAUGACGAUAAUCAGAUGUACUUUGACCGUCAUGGUAUGGACAUUCGGAGCCAGCAUAGCAGCGGUGUGUCUUACGGGUCACAUCGUCCUUCAGCCCUCUCGAACUCUCUGCAGCCGCAGUUCGUUUUCAACCCCAACGGUGGGGGACCAGAUACAGUCUUCAGCCCGGUCACAAGCGCGAGCUCUUCUCUGCCCUUCUCGGCGACCUCGUUCGGUCACUCUGGCCAUGUCGACCCAUCACAAGUCCUUCACAACAACCUGCCCCUUCGUCAGCAGCACGAGUUGCAGAUGUCACGGAACGAGAAUAUGUUCACAUUUGGUGCGGACUCAGAUGCGGAGGAGGACGAGGGCAGCGCAUUCGCAGAUCGCAACAUGCCUACACAGGAGUUCUCACCAAUGGACGAUGGUUCACUCGACUUCAACACAAACUACCAGUGGGAGACCAACUUGUCCAACCAGUUCAACCCUAUGCAGGCGCGAUACCCAGCAGGCCCUCCACGCAAGACAGUGACUAUUGGACCCACUGAGGUCCAUUCACCACAAGAUCACUGGAGUCCGAGCAGCCUGGGCCGGACGCAUGGCUCCGCUGCCUCCGUGAGCGAUAUUCGCAAUCGUGGGAACGAUCCGCGUCGUGGGAAGAUACCCCGCACCACGUCAACGCCGAAUACUGCGGGAUUAUUGCACCAAGCCAUGCACGGCCGAAUCCAGUCAUCGCCCGACUCACCUCCAGAAACGGGAUUACAGUCAGGGUUCAGCUCUGCUGCGCCGUCUCGGCCUCAAAGCCCGGGUGGCACAAAGCCAGGUGAGGGAGGUGCACCAACAACCUGUACCAACUGCUUCACGCAGACAACGCCUCUUUGGCGACGUAACCCCGAGGGUGCACCGCUUUGCAACGCGUGUGGUCUGUUCUUGAAGCUGCACGGUGUUGUUCGCCCGCUGUCACUAAAGACGGACGUCAUCAAGAAGCGCAACCGCGGUAGCGGCAAUGCUCCUGUCGGACCGUCUUCUACACGAGCUUCGAAGAAAUCUUCCCGCAAGAAUUCCAUCGCGAUGACACCAGUAACAACACCGAAGGCGGCCGAAUCAGAAUCGCCGAAAUCAACUGGAUCUAGUGGCGGUGUGUCGUCUAGCGUCAAUCUCGCUCCAGCUUCCUCCAACUCCAAGUCAGCUGGUGUUGUACCAAUAGCACCUGGCCCAACCAAGAACAACAGCACAAUGAACGUCAUCCAGCCACGUGGACCAAGCAUGACACCAAGACGAGCACGCGCACAAAGUAAGAGUGGCACGCAAGAGUUGGAGAUGGCCGACGCCGGCGACACGAGUGGAAAGAUACCCGUCCGAAGGAAAGAUGCUCCUAUCGCAGCUCCGAGUCCAUUCCCAAGUCAAAAUCUAGGGGCUCUGCCUAUGGGCGCCAUGGGUCAAGGGCUACAAUCGUCUGGACCUGCAGAAUGGGAAUGGCUAACCAUGAGCCUGUAA